CUUAUAAGUCAUGUGACCGGCGGGAGGAGGGUUUAAAGAUGACUGGAAGCCAUCUUGGCAGUUCGCUCUAGAGCCCUAAAAUAUCACACAGGCCUAACUCUUAACACUUCGGAAACAAUAAAUAUCGAGUGGCGAGGAGUCUCAGCUAUAUUUGGUUGAAAACUCUUCAAAUCAUCGAUUAAGAAAUUUGAGAGGAAGAGUGGAUGCAACGAAAUGAAUUAAUUGAUGACUGGCUGCUUAGCUUCUCUCUGGUUUGUGAGAUAAUUGAGAACCUGGGAUAUUUGUCAAGAGACUUUGCAGUUAAUUUGCUACUUUCAGAAUUUGUGUGUAAUUACUUGGCUGGCUUUUGCAUUGAGAUGUUUUACAAAAGACUUAUAUUAUUGAAAUUGUAAAAUAUAAUAGCUUGAAUUUUGGUUUGGACUGUGGUAAGGACAUCUUAAAUUUAACAAAAGGGUAUACAUCCCAGUCCCUUUGGUCAAAUUUUUUGGAGGAGAAACAGACAUGAGUACAGCCAGAACAGAGAACCCAGUCAUUCUGGGUUUGACAAACCAAAACGGACAAAAGAGAGGCUCUGCGAAGCCAACAGGGGGACCUGGUGGAGGUGGAGGGGGACCUCAAACACAGCCCACCUCGAUUAAAGCUUCCAGCACAGUCAACAAUGGCAGCUCCCUGCCUCUGCCCACAGCAAACACGGUCAUCAAACCUGGGGAUGACUGGAAAAAGAAUUUAAAGCUUCCCCCAAAGGAUAUGCGCAUGAAGACUUCUGAUGUAACCGCUACCAAAGGGAAUGAAUUUGAAGAUUACUGCCUGAAGCGGGAGUUGUUAAUGGGCAUCUUUGAAAUGGGCUGGGAAAAACCAUCACCUAUCCAAGAGGAGAGCAUUCCCAUUGCUUUAUCUGGGAGGGACAUUCUGGCUAGAGCUAAGAAUGGCACAGGAAAGAGUGGUGCCUACCUCAUUCCCUUACUUGAACGUAUUGAUCUGAAGAAAGACUGCAUACAAGCACUGGUCGUUGUCCCCACCAGAGAACUGGCUCUGCAGGUGAGCCAGAUCUGCAUCCAGGUCAGCAAACACAUGGGUGGGGUUAAGGUCAUGGCAACCACGGGUGGAACCAACCUGCGUGAUGACAUUAUGCGGCUCGAUGAGACGGUGCAUGUUGUUAUUGCCACUCCUGGAAGAGUGUUGGAUCUCAUCAAAAAAGGAGUAGCCAAAGUUGGUCAGGUGCAGAUGAUUGUGUUGGACGAAGCAGACAAGCUCCUGUCUCAGGACUUUGUGCAGAUGAUGGAGGAAAUUUUAAGCUUCUUGUCCAAGCAAAGGCAAAUUUUGCUGUAUUCUGCAACUUUCCCACUAAGUGUACAAAAGUUCAUGAAUUCUCAUCUGCAGAAGCCUUAUGAGAUAAACCUUAUGGAGGAGCUGACCCUGAAGGGUGUAACCCAAUAUUAUGCAUACGUGACUGAAAGGCAGAAAGUCCAUUGCCUUAAUACUCUUUUCUCUAGGCUUCAGAUUAAUCAGUCUAUAAUCUUCUGCAACUCAUCCCAACGAGUGGAACUCCUGGCCAAGAAAAUCUCCCAACUGGGUUAUUCCUGUUUCUACAUCCAUGCCAAGAUGAGACAGGAACACAGGAACCGUGUGUUCCAUGAUUUCAGAAAUGGCUUGUGCCGAAAUCUUGUCUGCACAGAUUUGUUUACAAGAGGAAUUGACAUUCAGGCUGUGAAUGUGGUGAUCAACUUUGAUUUUCCCAAACUUGGGGAGACGUAUCUUCAUCGUAUUGGCAGAUCUGGUCGUUUCGGUCACUUGGGUCUGGCUAUUAACCUGAUCACCUAUGAUGACCGCUUUAAUCUGAAGGGCAUUGAAGAGCAGCUCGGCACAGAGAUCAAGCCCAUUCCUAGCAGCAUCGAUAAGAGCCUGUAUGUUGCGGAAUAUCACAGCGAGAGCACUGAGGACAUCAAACUGUGAGCAAGAGAGAUCAAGCCCCCAGCCACUUAUCCCCACACUUUCUUUUUUUUUUUUUCUCCAAAUUUUUAUCCCAUCACUUUAUUAUAAUUUGUCUUCCUUUUUUGUGCCACCAUGAGGAAUUUCUUGGAAACAGGACAAUACUGGAGGAAAAACGUCAUGGCCCUGCUGUGGACUGCUGUCAUUUAACAUUCUGGAGAUUUCAAAGCACUUGUGAGAGAAGGGUAGAAGAGGAUGAUGGAAGUUAUACUAUUUAUUUUUAGAAAAUGUGACUACUUUCCACCUACUUGAGCAUCACCCACUGGCCCGCAGUCUCAGCUUUUUCCAUCCAUUACCGGUUUUUCAUGUAUUUGGUUAUUUGUAUGAAGUGCCUUAACAAGCAGUUGAACUUUGUUCAAAGUAAUAAUAUUUUUCCCAGAUCAUGCACUUCUCAUUGGUCACCUUGUUGUUCACCAUUUAUUUACAUUUUUACUUUGUUUUCAGAAGAAACCAUUACACAUCCCUGGUGCUUUUUGAGGAAUAGACCAAGCAGAUGUUGUGGAGGGGGAAAAGGCUGCCUCCAAUACAUAUGUAAUGUGUGCAAGAGUGGCCGAACCUCUCAGACUGGAUUUUGAUUUUGGUGAUAAAUGUGGGACUUGAUGUUUUCUCAGCAUCUUUGAUGUGCCCCUAAAUGGCUCAAGUGGCGUUUUUCAUUUGUCAUGAAACAUGUGCUUCUAGAGACUGACUCUCUCCCUUUUUCUUCAGUGCUCCAACUCAAGAGACUUGCUCAGAGACUCAAGCCAGCCGUUUCCUCCGGCUGUGAUUUCCUCUGCCUGAUAAAAACGGAAAUAUUGGAACUUAUUUUCCCCCUCCCCAUUUUUGUUUUCAUUGCUGUUCUCAUUCAUUUUGGGUGGCUGCACAUUGUUGUAGAUGUGCCAUUGAAAUCAAUUUUGGCACAAUGUAAACUUUGUAAAUACUUUCAUUUCAUUUUUAAUGGAUCUUUUAUAAAACAAGCUAAAAGGCUGGAGUGUUCAUCAUAAAACAUCAAAGAUGCAGGAAUCCAGCAGCACUGGAUGGCAUCUCCUUUUCUUUUCCUGCUCCUUUUUUGGCGAUUUCAAAUAGACAAGGCUUAAAACUUGAUGUCAGAUAUUUUUGUUAUAAAAUUGGACUUCAAAUUUAUUUAUUAUUGGAAAUUCUGCCCAAGUUCAUUUAGUGUGCCCAAAACGUCCUUGAACCAGUUAAACAUUUUUAAACUUCUUCAAAUGGUGUUAAUGGUACCUCAUCUUGAUGUUAGUAGCUUGACUAGAUCUGCUCUCCAGCCUUUGCUUGUUCCACUGACUUACAAAGCACUCGUUGGGUCCCUGUUCACGGAGACUUGCAUAUGAGAGAAAAUAUUUGCAUCAUGUAGUAAUGCUUGUUGCUGCAGUGCAGCUUUAAUAUCUAUGGGGUGGGUGGGUUAAACCUGCAAAUGGUAUGAUACUGAUACACUGAUUGUUCACUGCCAUUGGCACUGGUACAUGAUGCUUUCGUCUGGAGGGGAAAAAAGUGCUUUAAGGGGAAGAUGUCAAAACAAUUGCAACAAAGAGUCCAACAAAUCAGGAAUUGACAAAUGUAGCUCUCAAUUUAUUAUUAUUUUUUUUAAAUCCAGUUUUCUCAAACUGCAGAGCUUAAAAAAUGACCUGCACAAAAGUUGGGUCUUGUUUUUGGGACUGGGCAAAAAGACUGACUAUGGGCUUAAGUGUUCAGGGGUGGGGUGGGGUGGGGGAGUAAAAUGAAAAUGGGAGAACAUAAUUGGUGCUGAUAAUAACCAAAUGUUCUUUUUCUCUUCUGAGCGGUUUUAAUAACCCUCCUUUAACACUAAAAAAAAUAGAAUUUGUGUUUUGAUUUGGAGACUUGGUUUUGAGUUCCUAUUUGAAGUUUAAGGGAACUUGCUGGGUUGGGGUUUUCACAGGGUUGGGAAUAAGUUGUUAAGUGGUAAUUUAUAUCCCCGAUGGUCACUGACUGCAGACAGCCUCAAGUUGCAGUUGUCUGUAUGGCAUGAUCCUUGGGAAUUCCCAGUAAAUAAGCCAUCAAAAAUGAGACGUGGGUUUUGUUGUGGUUCAACCUGUCUACUAUGGUAUGUUGCAAAUGUCCGUGUGUUGUGACGGUCACUAAAAAUCCUGUUUUGGUAACCAAUGUACAAUGCAAGGUGAUUUUUGUGGCACCCUGUAGUGGCAUGGUUUGAAGCCAGACUUUUAUUCUCUCUUCUACAGUGGCCUCAUGUAUACACACAGAUGUGGAUUAUUAAAAUUGACCAUAUGCUCAUUUUUGGGGAGGGGAGAACAAAAACAAAACAAAUACACUAUCUGUGUGGCUUUAGGUGAGAGAAUGGAAGUCAUGCAAGGUUUUGGCAGCUGCCUUGCUAUUUUUACUUUUGGGUUACUGUUUGCACUGGAGAACACAGCAUAUUUCCCCCUGAGUGUUGGAAUGUGUGGUUACCUGUUUGAACUGCUGUGUUGGAGUGUGCUGUGGUCCUCAUUGUCUGAAGAUUGAGCUGGGGUACGUCUCACUAUAUCAAUUGGAAUCUUUACAGCCGUGCAUUCAAAAAUCUCCAGCUUAAUUUUCAGGUUUUUUUUUUUUUUCUCAACAAAAUCUGGGUGGGAUGGGAGGGGAAUUGCUGCCCUGAGGAAUCUUUACUUUUGUUCUGGAGAUGGGUUUCCAUGUGUACUUGACUGAGCAGAUUUUUACCAUAUGACUGUCUGGUUAAUAAAUUGUGAUUGGGAUAGUGCAAGGAAUAUUGCUGCAGUCCUUCCAUCUUGGUGACUGUAGAGACAGCAAAACAAAAGUAAAGAUGACUUUGGUUGUGUGGGUUGGGUUGGGAGGGUAGGGACAGUUCAAUUGGAAAAAUGGAACAAAAUUGUGAAGCCACAAAAUGGAGUAACAGGGGUUGGAAAUUUUUGUUGUAAAAUGCCCUGAAAUAUUUCUUUUGACUAUUUAAUGAAUUAAGACUAAUUGACAACCAAAUACUUUUUUUUUUGUUUGUUUUUUUAAUUGGCAGUUUUGCGGUGAUGCUUGUUUAUUAAAUAUGGUAAAUCUGAUUAAUUGGAAAAAUUGUUUUGAACAAAUAAAGCUCACUGAUUCAGUUUUGA